AUGCUGCAACGGCUGGUGAAGUACGAUGUGGCAAAGAGUGACUUAACGGAAUGGGACUCGCAGAAGCUGUGGGAGAAAGUGUCCACCGCAAUUACCAACAAGGAUCAGGUAGCAGCCACAGACGAGAAGAACAAGUUGGAAGAAGCUCAACGCGAGGCUCACAAAGCACGUGUCAACCGCGACGAAACAUACGCACCACGACUCUUUAACAGAGUAUUGGGCACAGACCGAGCAGAUGGCCUGAGUGAUGAGGACUACUAUGUGUACCGGUACUUCAACCUCGUCAAGGUGUGGCAAGUACAUGGACAGCAAUGUAUACGUACACGUAUGCGUAUAAGUUUAUGA